CAGCAGAGCCUCUCUCUUUCUCAGCAUCGCACGACCAGCUGCUGUCUCUGAUUCCUUCUUUAGUUCUGUCUCCGCCACAGAAGAGGAGUCCCGACCAUGAACAGUCUGAACGAGCAGUAUGAGGAGAAGGUGCGUCCCUGCAUCGACCUCAUCGACUCGCUCCGCUCUCUGGGUGUAGAGAAGGACCUGGCGCUGCCGGCCAUCGCCGUCAUAGGAGACCAGAGCUCGGGGAAGAGCUCGGUGCUGGAGGCGCUGUCAGGGGUGUCCCUGCCCAGAGGGAAAGGCAUAGUGACAAGAUGUCCUCUUGAGCUGAAGAUGAAGAGAAAGAGAUCAGGAGACGUGUGGUACGGAAAGAUAAGCUACAGGGACUACGAGGAAGAGAUAGAUGACCCUGCAAAUGUGGAUAAAAUGAUUCGAGAAGCUCAGGAUAAAAUGGCUGGGGUCGGUGUGGGCAUCAGUGAUGAACUGAUCAGCCUGGAAAUCGCCUCUCCUGAUGUUCCAGACCUGACGCUCAUUGACCUGCCUGGAAUCACCAGGGUGGCUGUAUUGGGACAACCAGAGAACAUUGAACACCAGAUAAAGAGACUUAUCAACAAGUUCAUCACAAAACAAGAAACCAUCAGCCUGGUGGUUGUCCCAUGUAACGUGGACAUCGCAACCACAGAGGCCUUGAAGAUGGCCCAGGAGGUGGAUCCCGAUGGAGAGAGAACUUUGGGUAUUUUGACCAAGCCUGAUCUGGUUGACAAAGGAUCAGAGGAGUCUGUGAUUGACAUUGUUCAUAAUGAGGUCAUCCCCCUGAAGAAGGGCUACAUGAUCGUCAAGUGCAGGGGUCAGCAGGAGAUCACAGACAAAGUGUCUCUGACUGAAUCAUUAGAAAGAGAGAAAACCUUCUUUACAGAACAUGCAUAUUUCCACAACCUGUACAAUGAAGAACUGGCCACAGUUCCUAAACUGGCUGAGAAACUCACAAUUGAGCUGGUGCAUCACAUUGAGAAAUCUCUCCCUCGACUGGAAGAACAGGUCGAGGAGAAACUGGCACAAACGCAGGUAGAGCUGGAGAGAUACGGCAGUGGACCCCCAUCUGACCCAGCUGAGAGAAUCGCAUUCCUGAUUGAUAAAGUGACAGCGUUCACUCAGGAUGCCAUCAGUCUGGCUGCAGGAGAGGAACUCAGAUGUGGAGACAAUCUCAAUGUCUUUUCUAUGCUCAGAAAAGAGUUCGGGAAGUGGAGCAUCCACCUGGACAAAACGGGACACAACUUUAACAAUAAGAUCGAGAAAAAGGUGGAGGACUAUGAAGAGAGGUACCGUGGAAGAGAACUGCCGGGCUUCAUCAACUACAAGACGUUUGAGGGCAUGGUCAGUGAGCAGAUGAAACAGCUGGAACAACCAGCUGUUAAGAAACUCAAGGAAAUUGGAGAUGCUGUUAGGAAGGUGUUCUUGCAGCUGGCCAGCAGUAGCUUCACUGGAUUUCCUAACCUCACAAAAUCAGCCAAGGCAAGGAUUGAAAACAUAAAGCAAGAAAAAGAGUCCAUUGCAGAGUCCAUGCUGAGAACCCAGUUCAAGAUGGAGACGUUGGUUUACUCCCAGGACAGAACCUACAGCAGCAGUUUGAGUGACAGAAAGAGAGAGGAGAGCGAGGAGGAAGAAAAACGUUCUAAAAAGAUUGCUCCUAGGCAUUACAUGGAUAAUCAUGCAACACUUCAGGAGUUGCUCUUUCACCUUAGAUCAUAUUACAGAAUUGCCAGCCAGCGUCUCGCUGAUCAGAUACCGCUGGUUAUUCGCUACCAGAUGUUGCAGCAGUCCGCUGUCCAGCUUCAGAGGGAGAUGCUGCAGAUGCUACAGGACAAGGACAAUUGGGAGCUCUUGCUGAAGGAGGACAGUGACAUUGGUUCCAAGAGAGCUGCUUUGCAGAGUCGCCACAAACGCCUCAUGAGGGCCCGAGAGUACCUGGUGAAAUUUUAAAGCCUGCAAGUUAAAGCCUGCAUUACUCUGCUUUUCAACAUUCAUUUGAGAAAUACUGCAAAUAAGUCGUCGAAGAAGUGUAGAAUGGACAGGUUGUGUUUAAUGACCUGUUAUGUGCACUAUAUUGUUAGACAAGGAAAGGUCAUGAAAUUCACUGAAAACUAUGCCUUUCCCUUAUUAAACAGGAUUUGAAUGUUGCUUAAUAUACGUAUAUUCUUGGAACAUAUCCAAAAGCAACAAUAUUCAUAUUUGUUACUGCGUUUGUUUAAGAUUUCACAACUUGCUUUUACAGGUAAUAGUACUCAGACAAUCUGUUGUCUUGAAAGUUAUGUAUUGUCAAAAAAUAUUUUAUGUUAUUGUGUAUGCAGCUUAUUUAGACAUCCAAAAGUAGAAAUAUAAGAUUUUUUCAGAAUUAUGUUUCAGUUUUCAAUGUAAGUUGCGUAUUCAUUUUUUUCUAAGAGAAACAUCGGUCUCUUUAGCUGAGACUUAUUACUAAAUUACCAAAUCCUCAGGGGAGGUGCGGAUGCAAGUGAUAACUACGAGCGACACAUUCCAGUCUUUUAAUACUUUUACUACCAUCAAAAUGCUUCUUAGAGCUGCUUUAAAGAAACACUGAUCAAUUCAUGCUUAACUGAAUUGUUGUCAGAGUAGAAAUGUAUCUGUUUUAACCUACUACAAUCCAUUAAAACACACUUGAAGUUUGCAUUACUGUAAAAUAAAUGCCUGUCACUGUCUUCUUGA